GUUAGGUUAGUGAUCCUUCAUCUCGUGGUUGCCAAACAGUCGGCCCACCUGGAAGUGAAAUAGAUCGCAAGUUGAGCCCAUUCACGAAUUUGUUAGUUUUUUUUUUAAUACUGUAGAUGUAUUUUAAAAAAAGUAAUACAAGAGACAGCAACCAUAGUGCAAAUUAUAGAUUUUUUUAUUCUUGCUAACAGAGUCGGAGCAUACCGGUGAUUAAAAGAAACGCACCGUAACUAACCAGAGUUAGCGCAUCGUCUAAUGUAGUUCCGUUUUCUACCAUUCAGUUUGAGUCCCAAACAAAGCGUCAGGAAGGGUUUUAAUUUGACAUUCUCAGUUCGGGUUAUGUUGGGUCAAAAUCUGUACAAAGUAGUCCCCGGCCCGAGCGGUACUUUAUUUACAAAGCAUGUCUUCGAGAAAGCGUAAAAAGUGGUCAAGGGAUUUAAAGUGUGUCUCCUUCCCGGAUGAUAUUGAAUCCGGCGUGAGAGGAGUGCGAAAACAAUCUGCACUUUCGUCAUCGUCUUCAACCAGGAGCUGGGAAAAAUGCGGUGAGAGUUUUGUGGACUGUCCGCCCAUAAAGGAUGUGAAGAUUUAUGGACGAAAACCGUCUGUAGUAAGAAAGUUGGUGCAUUCACCAGUUUCAGGCCACCGCAAUGAGGAUCAGGUGGACAUUGUGUGGACCUCCUCCAGCGACAGUGGACAGUCAGAUAAGGAUGAGGACCCCCAACAGGGACGUCCCCGGCCUCGGGUCGCAAGGACACCCCCGGCCACCUCUCUGUCGCUCCCCAAAACACCCCAAAUGCUCAGCAUCGAUGAAGACGACCUGGCUGUCAUAGAAACAGAUGAGUCCGAGCAGGAUGGAGAACAAGACAGCGGCCAGCAAAUCUCCGACUACGAGUCGCCGUCCCUCGAUGAAGAAAACGAAGAGCUCCCAGCUAAGCCGCCGGACUUGGAAAUCUCAGGGUACGCUUCCGACGGUGAGACAGACGUCGACGGACUGAACACCAGCAGGCGAGACGCCGAGAGCCUUCAAGCCGGCAGCGGCGAGGGCGACAAAAGGUCUGUCAGCUACUGGGUCCGAUAUGCCCGCGCCAUGCUACGGACCCCGCAGAAGCCAUUCGGUCGGGAGCCCAAGACCCCUGAAGACUCGGCCAAAAAGAAAAGGAAGUUUCAAAGCGGCGGUCUUGCGGAGAGGCUGAAUCGACUUCACAACAGGCAGAGGUCAGCUGUGAGCUUCUGGAGGCACUGCUCCACCUCAGACGACUGGACAGAAACUGAAGCGGACAGGCCUGGCGUGCUGGUGCUGGAGGUGCUGGAGGUUCAGGAGGAGUGCGGCGCACAACUGGUGCGCUGCCUGCACCGCCCGUCGCCUGGUCCCGCCGACCCCCUCCCCGAAGAAAGCGCCCGUGUGAUGGUGCUGCUCUCCAGGGAGACUGCAGCCAAGCUCAGCCCGGCGCCCGCGGACAUCAUCCGCAUAUUUCCACCAUGGCAAAGGCUCCCCAUGGAGAGUUUGGGCUGCGAUAUUAUUCUGAACACACACUUCAGCCGGAAAAUCAGCCCCGCAUCCGAAGCGGCCCGUGCGCUGUUCACAGCAAAACGGCUCACGCCGUAUCCUCUGUGUCGGACGUUUGGAACGCUGGACCUUCGCAGGGAUGCUGAGGAAAGUGAUACUGAACAGUUAGCUGCCUGCGAUGCUUCUAUUAGGAGUGUAGCGAGCUCUGCUGUUCUGGCAAGGCAAUGUCAUUCUCUCCUGGAAGUUAUUGAGGGCCUGAGCCAGGCUGGUUCAGUGGGCCAGGACAUGGUGGUGGUUGUCCAGAGGGUCUACACCAUCCCUGCCCCUGCUACAUCCAUCGCUAAUGGCAGACUGCCUCCCAUGUCUUCCGACACUCGUCCUCCAGAGCAAGACAAACGCAGGCUUUGUGUGCUAGUCCAGGACAGUUUUGGGAUGUUCAGCGUGUUGCAGCUGCACCUGCUGGCCCAUCAGGAUGACUUUCGUCAGUACCGCCGGGCGUGGCGCGGGUUGAGCUGCGUGCUCCGAGGCGUCAAGGUGGUGCAGCGUCUCAGCCGGGAAAGGCGCUCCAGUCUUUUCAGCCUGAUAGACACACUGUGGCCCCCACCGAAGCCCCCCCUUGAGUGCCAUGGGAACACACCAAGCAUGCCCAGUAACCGUCCUCCGAGCUUCUGCUAUCUGCUGUCUGGUCAGGAGAGCUCCAUUGAACCCGUGCAAGAAGGUCCGAGUGUUUCCCCGCUGUACCUCGCACCCAAAGAGCAAACGUUGCGAGAGGUACUGCAGAGUGACCACAAAACAUAUUGCUGUAGUUUCAUUGCCACAGUUAUUUACAAGAGCAUACAGAGGAGGGAUGUAGGUCAAGGCGAGGUUUGGCUGGCGCUGACAGACCGGAGCCUGCAGGACGGCUCGCCCGACCGGCCCUGCAGGCGAACGGUGGCACUGCAUGUGAAUGCCUCCUGCGUGCUCACUUCCUGCGUCCGAAAAGUCCUGAAUGACCCCGCUAUGUGCCACUUGUCAUUCACAGAUGCCAUCAAAGAAAACGGCGUCCUGUUGUGCGUGGAACAUUCCAUCGUCGAAGUCGCGGACUCCGCGGCCUCUGGCUCGACGCACCAGCCCCCGGCCCGACCUGUGAGACUGGAUCCGCUCGACGAGGAGGUCACACCCAACUCGCUGUGCACUCUCACAGGUGUGAUCGUCGGCGUGGACGAGAGCACGUCUUACUCUUGGCCCGUGUGCAGCCACUGUGGAAGCCACAAAUUACAACUUCUACCUCCGUCGGGUUUGAGUUUCAACUGCCUCUCGUGCAAGUCAUCGGUGUCCAAGCCCGUCACCAAAAUGCAAAUGGAAGUCUUCCUGAGCUCUGCUUCUUCAGGGCAAAAUUACACACUAAAGGUUAAGCUGCAGCAAAGUACGAUCAUGUCCCUUCUUGACACGGACGUGCUGGAGCGUACAACGGCGCGUCCAGAGAUUGAGGUGAACAGCGUGCUGGGGAAAGAAGUGGGGCCCCUCCAACUUUACGUCCGUGCGGUCACCAGGAGACCCUCGCUGUGGAUCAGCCUAGAAGAAAUCUGCCUGUGAGGUUUUUUUUUUUUUUUUUAGGAUUUAGUUCCCCCCGCCCCCCCCCUUUGAAGGCCUCUCGGUGACUGCACGAGGCGAGCGCACUACAGCAGGAAGACGAGGAAGUGGCGUUUGUGUCGGUUGACAGGCCCAGCGCGGACCAAUGGCGGACGCACUGUCAAAGCCGCCCACGUGCGCGAUCCAGCGCCUUUUUCCGUUGCGUUUCACUCGUUUAUGUAAAAUGAAAUGUUUUGGGAAAUAAAGUUGUGUUACUACCACGCA